CAGUUUUCAAAGAAGUGACAGUUCCCGCGUAAUGUAGUGUGAUAUGGGUUGUUAUUAAUUUGUUUUAUGUUAUAAUAAUGAACAUUGUUGAUUCUUUGAUACGACAGAUUACUGGAUUUGAAUUAGUACAUGAUUACGAUGUCGCACUUCAUCGAUUAAAAUGCAACUACUGUGAUGUCUAUCGGGGAAUAACAGUAAAUCGUAACAACCAGGACUUCCAAGGAGAUCCUCUUGUGUGUGCCUUCAGUUUUUGCACAAGUGCAGGAAGUGAAGAUGUCCUAGCAUUAGCAAGUGAAGAUGGAAACAUUGCGUUGCAAGAUACUUCCAUAAAAUCCGAUUAUCCCAAUUGUUCUGUCGAUGGAACACAGGGACAUUUUAAUGCAAUAUUCGAUAUUAAUUGGAUGCCAAGAGACUUUAAACUUUUGACUGGGUCUAGUGAUCAUUCAGUUAAAUUGUGGGAUGCUAAUUCAGAAAUUAAAUUAAUUGACUCUUUUGAAGGCCAUACGAGGAGUGUGAGAAAUGUUGUGUUUCGACCGGAUGACAAAUCGUUAUUUGCAUCAGGUGCACGAGAUGGUGCGAUCCUCUUCUGGGAUAUCCGAGCUAAGCACACCAAUCAAACUAAACCUGACGGUUGUAUUCUAAAUGCUCAUAGUAUUAAAUCAGAAAAAGUUCGCAAGCAUCGAGGAUCUAUAAGACAAACAAAUUCUUCCGAGAGUAUUACAGGAUUGGUGUUCCAAGAUGACUAUACAUUAAUUUCUUGUGCAGCUGGUGGUGGUUUUAUUAAAGUUUGGGAUAUGCGAAAGAAUUAUACUAUUCAUAAAAAGCAGCCUUUAGCAAAACAUGUAUUUAAAUAUCACGGAAAUAGCACAAGAAAUGGAUUUACUUCUAUGGUCGUUUGCCCUUCAAGAAUAACGCUUUAUAUUAGCUGCAUGGAUAAUAUUAUUUAUGCUUACAAUUUAUCGUCUUAUGACCCUAAACCGAUUGCAGAGUAUUAUGGACAUCAAAAUCAAUCAUUUUUCGUCAGGAGUUGCUUGAGUCCUGAUGGUCGUUAUUUAUUAAGUGGUUCAAGUGAUGAAAAUGCAUACAUUUGGAGAACAAGUAAGCCUGGUGGACCUAUCAUCAAACUCUCUGGUCAUGCAGAUGAAGUGACUUGUGUGGCUUGGAGACCGUAUGGAGAACCAAUCAUUGCAACAUGUUGUGAUGAUACUUAUCAUCGUAUUUGGCGCGUUGGUCUAGAACAUGAAGGAAUGAAUGAUGCAAUAGAAAUUCAAGGCUCUGCACAUCCAAUAGCAUCAACAUCGAUUGUUCAUCAAACAAAACAAGAAUCUACACCAACCACGACAGAGUUGAGGAAUGUUAGACAUCAUAAUACCCCUCUUUCAGACAUUAUAUUUGAUGUUACACCAGUAUCACAUGGCAGUGAUGCUGAUCACAGUAAUUUAGAAUCUCCCGAUUCAACAACUUCCGGAAGUUCAGGAAAAAGAACCCGAGCUCAAAUGCUAGCAGGUGGACCCUGGUCAGACAGUAAAUUUAAAACUAUAUUAUCUCCUAUAGAAGAAAAUUCUAGUCCACCGACAAAACGUGCCUAUCUCGAAUAUCGAACACCAAGAAGACUUUUCAGUCCUAUGAGUACAAAAGACUUAUUACCCCACAGAGAUUAUGACCUAAAUGAACCUACUCCAAGUACCUCCACAUCUGAUGAUAGACAACCAUUCUCGCCAACAAUGAAUUUACCCAAUUUUGUUAUUGAUGGUACAGCUCCGCAUCUUAUUCCUGUAUCGCCAAUCAAAAGCAAAGAGAACGUUGACUGGUUGACCAAAAUGAGACAGAUGAGGUUUGAAAAAAAUAUGUCACAAAAGCAAGUAGAGUCUAAUAAUACAAUUACUAGUCCAAUAAAUCAAGGAACAUCCGCGCGAAGAAAUGUUAGGUCGAAAUCUGUCGAAGUUCGUAGAGCCAAAAGUCCGACUGUUUCAAUGCUUAAAUUUUUAACAAGAGGUCCUUCUCAUGAAAAAGAUAACCCUCAGUAAGACAGAAAUUUAAAUAAAUCAAAUAUAGAUAUAGCAUCAUUAUUUUUAUAAUCGUUGGAGAAUUUCAUAGACUUAUUCAUUGAUAUAUUGUAAUUUUUAUAACCGAACAGUAGCGGCUACAAUAUGAAUAUUAUAUCAUACACAACAUCAGUAAUUGAGAAAUUUCAUUACAAAAAUCAAUGUGUUAAGUUUUCUAUAUUUUAUUCAUCAUUUAGAUGUGGACAUCUGCAAUUUCAUCUUUUAGAAAAUUAUAUUAAUCAUUAAUUACUCGACUUAAAAAUUUUCAUUGAACAAAUGACUAUAAUCUAAAUUUAUAUUGUUCAAAUGUACAAGUAUGUUUACAUUACUGAACUUAUAAUAGAAAAAGAGAAUAGAAUAGAAUUCCUUUAAUAAAAUAAUUGCUUUUCAAUUGAGUAUUUUAAAAUCAAAAACUUUAGAAAAUUAAUAUAUUACAAAUUUUUUUAACUAUUCUGAAUGCAAAGACAUCACCUUCAACAUUAUUAUUUUUACAUUUAUUUACUGAAUUUAGAUAUCGUAAAAAAUUAAUUCAAUUAGUGGAAUUGAUUGUUGACAAAGAAUUAAUGGGAAGGAGUAGAUUAAAAUUUAAAAUGUUGAUUUAUUAUAGAAUACUUGACAAUUAAGUAUGAAGUAAUAGGACUAUUACUUGAUAGAAAAUAGAAUUAAUAGAAAAAAAUUGAAACAUCAACUAUCGAGAGCUGCAUUGUAAAAAAGUUGGUACAAGUGUUUCUAUUAAUGGACAGUUUUCUAAUAGUUAUUCAAACGAUAAACAUUUUAAUUGAAAAAUAAGUUAUUUUUUUAUAUAAUUUUAUACUAUGCUUGAAAUAAAUAUGCGCCUUUCUUAAA